AUCCAAUGAGUCUGUCAGCCACUGGCUUCUGGCGCUAAAGCCACCUCUCUCAGUAGUCGCUAAAGAUCGUCCAUGUUUAUUUAUCACAAUCCCUAAUUCUCAUUUCUUCUCUUUUUUUUCUCAGCUCUCUCUUCUCUCGCUCCAGCUCACUUUACCCUCUUACCCUGAUUUCUCUUCAGUUUCGCGACAUAUCUUUCCCUUUACUUCCUGCCUUCUGAACUUGGAUGUAAAGUGCUGUGCUAGUACCAUUUUGUUUCAAAUCAAAUCAUAAGGUUUGAUCUUGUUUAUACUUUAAACCUUAUAACCGGGAAGUAAAACAUGGAUGAAGACAUGUAUAGCAAAUUUAACAUGAGUGUAGAUCAGUUAAUGGAAAAAAGUUGGAAGGACUAUAGAUAUGAGCUCCAUCAGUAUUUUAAGAAGUUUAAGUCAACAGAGGAGGCACGCCAGCAUCCAUACAGAAAUGUCACAAAGGAUGAUUGGGAUGGGCUGUGCACAUUCUUUGAAAAUAAGUACUUUGAGAGGAGACCUAGAAAGGACUCUAACGCUCGAGCACAACUUCCGUAUGAUCAUAGAGCAGGAUUAAAAUCCUCUUUACGUUAUGGAGGACAGUGGGAGAAGCUGUUCCAUAACAAACACUGUGCAGCUGCAUCACAUGAAGAGAUGGAGGAGUUACGUGAAACCAAUGAGGGUUUACGUGAAGAGAAUGAGGAGUUGCGUGAAGAGAUCGAUCAGUUACGUGAAGAGAAUGAUGGAUUACGUGAUGAGGCUGAUGAGUUACAUGAAGAGACUGAAGAGUUACGUGAAGAGAUAGAGGGGUUACAUGCUGCAGCUCAGAGUAAAGAGGAAGAAAAAGAUCGGAUCAACAGGCUUGAAGAAAAAAUGAAACGGUUGGAGGAGGUAGUCUCUGAGGUUCGUAAGGGAUUUCCUCAUUCUCACAGCAUGCCUAGCCUUAGCUAACCACAUUCACAUUCCUCCCACCAGAAAUCUUCUACGUUUUGAUUUUGUUUCACUGCAAUGGUUUUGCCCUUGAAAAACCCGUGGAAGACCAACAAGGCCGGUGGCCUGAACAGUUCUCUCUUUUGUUGGGAUCUUUUGUGUCUGCAUUUCCUGAUUUAAGGUUUUCCUCAUUUUCUCUUUUGUGCCCUUUUCAUUGAACCAAUCAAAUGUGAGCUAGUUUUCACUUUGUUAAUUUCA